AUGGCGCUGGAUCCCCGUAUCAUGGCUGUCUGGGCUCUGAAGCUGGAAGGCAGCUCGCGAGUGAACGUAAAUCCUCAACAUGGCAUACGUAUCACCAACAUCUCCUUGGAUUUCUCGUCUGUUCCAUUGUCUUCAGAUAGGACGGUCGUCACAUUGGAAACUGGGCAACUCCCUGAGUGGAAUGACGCCAGCAAGGAUUCCACAGCGGUCAAGACAAAUGUGAUUGUAUUGGGCUCGCUCAUGCCCGAAAGGGUCGAGCAUUUGAUCACGAAUCUAACCCUCGAGUGUUGUAGGCCGUAUGUCUUCACAGUGAAUGGGGCGAAUGGCGUGUGCCUUUCAGGCAACCUUGUGGACACCAUAUACCGCAACCACAUUCAUGCCGGUGAAGUUCCCCGUCGCAUCCAUGAACAGCCGAAGUCUAUGAACCCUGCAGCUAACAAAAUAAAUACACAAGACGCAGGCCAGAUCUUCCAGUCCCCAAGCACCUCCACUCAAAGCUCCGCGACUCCUGUCCCCCUGCAAGUACCCCAAGGCGCUGUUGCCCCCGCAAACGGCGGUCCCUUAUUUGGUGCUCAAUCUCCGUCGAAAUCGAAUGGCAACCCCUACCAAUACGUGGCCACCCGUCCUCCCCAUGAUGAUCGUAUUGAGAGCGGUUACCGGGGUUUUCCCAAACCCUCUACAACCAUGAAACCUAUCGCCAACAACGGGGAUCCAAAAGACACUGGCCUGAUCCCCCAGCCUCCAAGCGCUUCCUCUCAACGCCCUGUGACCCCCCAAGUGCCCCAAGGUGCUUCCAUCCUCGCAAACGGUGGUUCCGUGCCGGGUGGUCCUCUCCCUCAAUCUGUGCCGACUGUCAACCCCUACCAUUAUGCAGCCAUCCAUCCGCCUACAGGGGAUCGCGGCAUUGAUAACACGCAUGGCGGCCAGUUCCAGCGCUACCUCGAACCUUUCCCUCAACGUACUAUGGAACCAUUCCCUCAACGCACUGUGGUUCCUGUUCCUCAGGCGUUGCAAGGGAGUAUCCCCCCCAUGGGCGGCAACCCCAUGGCGGGCGCUCUCUCUAAUGUGACCCCCCACAUCGACAACAGCCAUCAUGGAAGCUUCCAUCCGCCGAAGACUCUCAAGAGGAGAGCUGACCCCGUCGAAAACGGCCGGAGAUCUCACCGGGACAACACGUCUCUUGGCGAUUCGCAACGGGAACCGUUGGCAACCAGUCGAUUAAUGGACUUUAGAUCGCCACAGCAGCAUCUGAUCCCAUUCAACUUCAAGCCUAUGGAUAAUGCCCAUGGAGGCGCGCCUGCCUUCGGUGCCUUACGCAAUACUGCCCCAAGCAUGCCUGAGGGCACCAGUAUUUCAGCUACCACUUACAAUAAGGGGAUUGGUUCAUCGACAGUAACUGUGGGAUCGAUUGUAGAAAUAGUCUGGUACCUGGUACAUGCAGGGGAAAGGUAUGGAAAAUGUCAUGGAACUUACACUCUUGGCAAGAACCUUCCGAAUGUCCCUGGACUAGCAGAAGGUAUUAUAGGAAUGCGCUUGCACGAGGAACGUGAGAUACGGGUGCCUAGUUGGAUGUCGCAACACCCCUCAGGUGAAGAUACAUCGAUUGAGUGCCGUCUUUUUAUGCUGGACAAUUCGGGGAUUGUUUCGAUUCAAGGACAACGUGGUUAA